UGCUUUUCAUCACAGGGCUCGAGCCUGGGGGGAAAUAAUGGGAAGGCGCGGAUGGGAAGGAGCUCCCGCAACAUGCGCUGUGAACCCAGACGCACACCCCAGACGCCCCAAGACAGCACCCAACAUGCACCCCAGGCGCAGAUCCACCGAUUUUAGCUCUGAGCUGAGACCAGUCCACGGCUUGAGAAAGAAUAAGUCUCGAGCCGUAUACUGGUCUAUCCCCAUCCCCAUCCCCAUCCUAUCAUCGCAUGCGAAGCUUGGCCGAACUUUCGCCUUGGAUCUUCUUGGAUCUUCUUGGAACACAAGACGAAGAGCACGACGUGGAUGAAGAGGCCAUCACAUUCCUGGAUAAUUAAUCGCCAUGGAUAGUGCCGCCUGGCUCACUGCUCCCCUUCAACUGACUGGGAGUCGUGACUUCACUUGUGACGGAUCCGGGUUCACGCCGGAGCAAUGCGAAUUCUAUCAGCAGCGAUGGCACUUUUGGUACAUUGCUGACUAUGUCUACGCGCUGCCAACAAUAGCGUUCUUCAUGACCGCCCUGGGUAUUUCUAUCAUUGGCCACGUUAUAUCCUCCCAAGUGUUGGGAUAUCGCAAGUUCCGAGGCCCCCCCAUAUGGCAGAAGUUGAUCGCCGCGGUUCGAUACUUGUCAUAUCGUGGCUUCUACGUAAAGGCCCUGCGAUGGAACUCGGCACCGAUUGGACUUUUGCUAUUAGGAGCUGUUGGGGCUGUUUACUUCUUCUGUAUGGACUUAAUUCCCCAGCCCUACUACUGGUCAAGUUUGGAUUUUGGUGGUUCACCACCAUUGGGAACCAGAUCAGGAUGGAUGGCUCUGGCAUGCAUGCCGUUUGUCUUCGCGACCGCGACUAAGACGAACUGGAUCACGCUCCUCACGGGAGUUUCCCAUGAGAAGCUCCAAGUGUUCCACCGAUGGACCUCCUAUGCCUUCUUCCUCCUUGCGCUCAUGCACACCUUCCCAUUUAUCGUCUAUCACAUCCGGUUCCAUGAUAUGGUCAUGCAAGUGGAGAUGGGGACUUUAUUUUACUGGACUGGCAUCGUUGCGCUUGUUUUCCAGGCUUGGCUUACCUUUGCAUCCCACAGUGUGAUUCGAAACCUCGGCUACGAACUCUUCAAGGCGACGCAUCUCUUCGCCGUUGUUAUUUUUAUGAUAGUUUUUUUCUGGCAUUGCGACUAUACUCUCACGUCUUGGCACUACUUCAUAGCGACAGCGGCCGUAUACGUUCCCUGUCUCGUCUAUCCCUGGCUCAGGACCUGCUUCGAGUACGGCUUCACCCAAAAAGCAUAUGUUCACGUGGAAGAUAAUGGCUUUACGCGCAUUACGAUCCCGUCCGUCAAUAUGAGGUGGAAACCCGGACAACACUGUUUCCUACGCUUCACAAGCUUCGGCUUCCAAGCCUUUUCGUCUCAUCCGUUUACCAUCUGUUCCCUACCCUCGGCGCGGCCAAAUGAAAAGUCCGAGCUCGUGUUUUACAUUCGCCACCAGCGUGGCCUUACCGAGAAGCUUUACAGUCAUGCUUUAAAACAGCCUGGUGCCUCUGUACCUGUGCAUGUCGACGGUCCCUAUGGAGGAAUCAAUAUGCAAAGAUAUAUCCAAGGGGAUCGUCUCCUCGUCGUUGCAGGCGGCUCAGGCGCCGGCUGGAUUCUGCCGUUCAUUGAGCUGUUCCAUAGAUGGAACUCUACAGCUGCUGAUGAAGAGCAGGGGAAAGACACAGAGACUGAGGACAGUGAGACACAGCCUGACGGUGGCCAUCGCGAACGCAGCUUGUCUGGGCCUCUCUCACUGCGCGUUAUUCUCGCAACGCGUGAUGCUAGCACCCGUACAUGGUUCCUCCGAGCUGUGGGCGAGCUGCUUUCCAAACACUCAACACCGCAUUCUUCGUUCGAUAUCGAUGUCCAAAUGUACCUAACUGGCGAAGCGGAACGGGAUGUCCACAUGCCAAAGACAGUAGACAAUGCAACGAUUUUGAGCGAAUCUGCCUCAUCAUCAAAAAAUAUCAAUGUCAAGGCUGAGGGACAACAGGUCACUGUGCCGGGCAACGAGCUCUACGGUCGACCAGAGCUGCCGCUGAUCGUCCACGAAGAGGGAACGCGGGCGGCGGAAGCAGGCCAAUCGCUGAGCGUCUUCGUCUGUGGGCCUGCCACGAUGCAGAACGAUGUACGGAAUGCCGUCGCAGAGGAGAACUUAAAUAUCCUCAAAGGGUCCAAGUCCGGUGGGGUCUAUUUGCAUUCAGAGCACUUCUCGUGGGCAUGAGAUGAUCCGUCUAUAUUCAGCAGAUGUUUGUCAUAAUAAUUCCAGAGCAAAGCCGCAGCAGGGAUCUGAACUUAAACUUUGCGUGUCCACUCUUUUAAUCGUAUGCAGGCGUUAAGGAUUUGUUUCUUGUGAUGCUAGCGCCUGGAAUCUCCAUGACUUGUCCUUGAAAUGCUAAUCAUGGGCCGUUCAUAGUAAGAUAGGUUUGGAUAUUUGUGCAGGACUUCGGGUUAUUCAACCCAGAUAAUAUAUAUCUUCAAUUUCUCG